AUGAUUGGUGAACAAACGCCGUUCUUCCAAAGUGGAGCCCGAGGGCUUGUUUUUAUCCCUCUCCCCCGAGUCCCCAUCCUGCCCAAGGUUGCGAAUAUUGAAAACUCUAUCUGGACUACUCCUCAAAUGGGAAGAAUCACUGCGCCACCGGUUCUUACUAUCCGUAAACAGUUUUUGUACGGGCCAAUGAACAGCCGUCCUCUGUUCGCCGUCCCUUUUUUCUCCUUGGCAAAAACAAAAGGACAGGGCACGCUCUCAUUGGGCCGACCAGACCCAGAUCAGGAGCUGCAGGGAUCGCACGGACGCGGUUCCUUUCAGGAUUUUAGACAGCCAGCAGCUGGUAGCAACACGGGAAGUGGACGCGCCAAGGGCGGCAGCAGGCGGGAUGAUUGGAUGCCUGGGGCAUUAUCCGAUGCUUCUCCCGAACUUCAUGAAGUGUGUCCUGUCAGGCUUGUCAGCGCGCCGGGCUACAGCGACAAGGGUGCUACGGGCUUAGGCUAUGGGUUAGGGGCUCCACCCGUCCCAGCUCACGGACUAUGGUCCCCUGCUCCCUCCCUGAAACACGCUGUUGCUUUUUGCUUUUCCGGGAGGCCAGUCACCUCAAAAUGCACCUCACCAAGGUCCCCUUUCAAGCUUUUCGAGGCUUGGACCGGGACGGGGGGAAGCCGGAUUUUCAGUGUCCACAUGCCCAGCAGUCUUGGCAUGAUGUCAGAGGCACAAGGGGAUUGUCGCAUAGAUCGAUUUGAUCAUGCCGCCAAAAAUACGGAGUACGGAGUAGUCUACCUGAAUAGACCCGAUAGGGUAGACGUCCUAACGGCCUUUACGGAGUACUUGCCUGCCUGCCUGCCUGCUAUGACGCAAAUGAUCGCCAACAUGAUCGCCCUCGAUGACGGAAGGCUUGCGGCUUGCCCCAUGUGUUUGUCCCUGGCUGUUUCAGAUUGCACGUGUAACGUUGCAGACGGAGUAAUACUCCCUAAUCCUAAUCCUAGUCGAUACUACGAUGUACGCAGUACGGAGUACUCGAUGCUGUUAGUUGCUAAAUUAACGGGGUUGGCAACUGUCAGUACCUUGAGCUUUUCUGACGAGUAUCUGGAUUCUUAUUGA